AUGGGAAACAGCUUUAACCAAUGGAAAAUUGAAGGAUCUAGUGAAGUUAAUGAAAAUGCAAGUCUUGAUGAGUUAAAGGAUUUGCCCAUCUCUUCUCCCGAUAUUCAUAUUCCUAAAGUCUCUAUGUUGCCGGAGACUUUGUUCUUAGAUUUGAAUUUGAAGAGAUAUAGAAUAUUCAUUGGAGAGCUUUGGAAAUGGCAAGGCAAUCAUGAAAUUUCAAAGAUAUUGAAACUUGAGCUAGAGGGUCGAAUCCAUUUGAAGCCUGGAGUACGAAAGUUGAUAACAGGAGCUGAAGAUUUGUAUUUACAUGGAUCUAAUGGGCUUGAAAAUCACAUCUUGAAGCUGCAACAAAUAACAUAUCCAGCAAAAUGUCUUGAGUUACAUUUCAGCAAGGUGUUACUUCCAAAACUAGAGAGGUUGGAAUUGUCCAAUUCAAUCCGUUUGAUUCCACUGAUAUGGGACGACCAACUUUCACACACCUCAUUUGGCAAUUUGAAAGCAUUCAUUGUGAAAAAUUGUGGCUUUGUGAAAUUGGUGCCCGUUCAUAUGCUAAAAUAUUUGUACAAUUUGGAAGAACUGGAAGUCAGCGAUUGCCACAUGUUGGAAAUUGUGUUUGAUUUUGAAGAUUUGAAUGAGUAUAAAGCGAAGGUGUCAUCAUCAAUCCAAGUUGUGCCACUAAAAAAGUUGAAGCUAUGGUCUUUGCCAAACUUAAAAAAUUUGUGGAGCAAUCACUUCCAGGGAAAUGUCCCCUUCCCAAACCUAAGGAGUGUACAAGUUUUCUCUUGUGAAAGUCUCACAAGAAUGUUUCCCGCAUCUAUAGCCAAAGGCAUGCUUCGUGAUCUUGAAGAGCUUCGAUUAUCGUGUUGUGGUAUAGAUGUCAUUGUUGCAAAAGAUCAAGAUAUUCGUAAUUUGGAGAAGUUGAAAUUGGAGGGUAAAGGAGCUGAAAUGAUAGGGAGUGGCCGCUUUCCAAUGAACUACCACUUCCCCAAAGUAAAACUGCUCGAUCUAUCUGUAAAGAAAGCCAGAACUAUAUCGUACAGAUCAUUGUUGAAGAGCUUUCCAAAAUUAGAGGAGUCAGGGUUAGGUGGUCACAUUAAGGAGGGUUCUGGAGGGGAUGAAGUUCCUUUUUUAAAAUUGACUCUCCAGGAGGUUUACAAGAUGACAAGCUUGGCACCAUCCUUAGUUUCUUUACCAAAUCUCACACAUCUUACAGUGGCAAUUUCUUUUCAGUUGACCACUUUGAUGACGUCAUCAACUGCUCGAAGCUUGGCCCAUCUCACACAUCUCUCAAUUGAUCAGUGCUCUGAAAUAAAGGAAAUCAUAUCGAAGCACGAAGGAGAGGCUGAUGAGGAUAAGGAAAUCUUUUUCAACAAAUUGCAGUACUUGCAACUUUAUCACCUACGAAGACUGAAGAGAUUUUGCGGCCACAAUUAUACUUUCAGGUUUCCAUUAUUGGAUACUCUAAUCAUAGAAAGAUGUCCAACAUUUAAAAUAUUCUCUCCAGGGCUCAUUGAUACACCUUCUCUUAAAAACAUUCAACCGUCACAUGAUAGGGGAAAACAUCAUGAAAUUUGGGACACCAACCUUAACAAAACAAUCCACCAGCAGCGAUUUGUCGGUACACGAGAGCUGGUGUCAGAUGAGGAUGAUGUCAGCAUGAUAAGGAAUGACCAAUUUCCAGCGGACCGUUUUUCUCACGUGGAAAUUCUUCGUAUAGAAGGAUUUGUUGGUGAAGGGGUAACAUUUCCGUACACAUUGCUUGGAAGAUUUCCGAAACUGAGUGAGCUUCAUGUGAAGGAUAGUUCUUUUGAGGAGAUAUUCCCAUCACAUAAUGCACACAUUAUUGUUGAUCAAAUUCCACCAUUCAGGGAACUCUGCCUUGCCAAUUUGACGGUGCUCAAGGUGUCCCAGUGUAAUCGGCUCAUCUAUUUAAUGACAAAUUCAACUGCCAAAAGCUUGGUGAAUCUUGAACCACUGGAGAUAAGUUACUGCCAUGAGAUGGAAGAAAUUGUAAUGAAGCAGGAUGGAGAAGAUGAUGAGGACAAGGAAAUCUUUUUUAGCAAACUGAAGCUUUUGGAACUUGACUAUUUACCAAGAUUGAAGAGAUUUAGUGGCCACAGUUAUACUUUCAGGUUCCCAUUAUUAGAAUGUGUAACUAUAGCACGGUGUCCUCGACUCACAAUGUUCUGUCCAGGAGCCAUUUAUGCCCCGCGUCUUCAAAGCAUUCGAGUAUGUAGACACAAACAUGAUCAUCAUAAAGACAUUUGGAUGACCGAUCUUAACAACACCAUCCAGCAUCGGUUUAUGACUCCGGAGGUAACUUGCAUAACCCAAGACAUGGUGUUAAAUUAA